AUGAGUGCCAUCCUCUCCGCCGACGAUCUCAACGACUUCAUCUCCCCCGGAGUCGCCUGCAUCAAGCCCAUCGAGACCCUCCCCGCCGCACCCCAGCAGUCUGCCAACGAAAACGAAGUCAUUCUCGAUGGCCAGCAACCCUCGUCGUCCAAUGCCACACCCGCUCAGAUCUCUCUCACGGACUGCCUAGCCUGCUCCGGCUGCGUCACAUCCGCGGAGGCCAUCCUAGUCAGCCUACAGAGCCACACCGAAGUCAUUUCAACGCUCGAUGCGGCCCCGGCGCUGCGCGUAGUAGGACCCGAUGCGAGCGGGAAUUUCACAGUCGAGGGUCUGGAGAAUGAAGACGCGAAGCUGUUCGUAGCCAGUGUAAGCUCCCAAACAAGGGCAAACCUGGCUGCUGCAUGCGGGCCAGGCGUUACCGAGAGCCAGGCCGGAUAUAUGCUGGAGAGCCUGUUACGGGGUCCAGAAGGGCUUGCAAAAGGAGGAAAGUGGAAUACUUCUUUCGAGUGGGUGGUCGAUAUCAAUGUGGCCCGAGAUGCAACUCUUGCGCUCGGUGCAGCCGAGGUCCUCUCUUCCCCCACACCGGGCGUCUCCAGGCCGUCACAGCCAAUCCUAGCUUCGUCAUGUCCCGGAUGGGUGUGCUAUGCAGAAAAGACUCAUCCAUAUGUUUUACCACAUCUAUCCAAAGUCAAGUCGCCACAGGCCCUCAUGGGCACCAUCCUGAAAACAUCGCUGAGCCGGAAGCUGGGCAUCCCGCCCAGUAGAAUAUGGCAUGUGGCUAUCAUGCCUUGUUUCGAUAAGAAGCUCGAGGCCAGUCGGGAAGAGCUCACCGAUGAAGUGUGGGCGCGCUCUGGCUUGCCUGGAAAGGGAAUUCGAGACGUCGACUGCGUUAUCACGAGCAAAGAGGUUUUGAUGCUGGCAGAGUCAAGGGGACUCGACUUCUUUAGCAUGUCCAAAUCCGCAUCAUCCCUCACACCCUCAAUACCCUUCCCGGAUGAAAAACUCCAGGCAUUCCUAUUUCCAAGCAAGGGCUCAAGAAAGCCCUCGCGUGUAGCUGGUUCGUCCGGCGGGCUGUUACACCACAUUCUCCAAACCCGGGCUGCCCAAACGCCGGGCUCUGAGAUACAAAUCGUCCGAGGCCGUAAUGUCGAUGUAGUCGAAUACUUUGUUACGGUAAAUGGCGAGCCUAUUUUCAAGGCCGCUCGGUACUAUGGCUUCAGAAAUAUUCAAAAUCUCGUCAGGCGUUUGAAGCCGGCCCGUCCGUCCCGCAUGCCUGGCGGAAAGCCUUUUGGGAGUGCUCGCCGCCCGGCAGGGAAAGCCGCCUCUCUCGACUAUAGCUUUGUUGAAGUCAUGGCAUGCCCCGGCGGCUGCACUAAUGGUGGUGGUCAGAUCAAAGUCGACGAUCCCGUGAUUCUUGAGCGCAAGAACAUUUCGGAGAAGCCAGGUCCGCAGGAGCAGAAGGACUGGCUAGCAGAAAUCGAUGAGGCAUAUUUCUCGGGCGAAGAUUCGCUGGUCGAACACAAUGGCUGUGGCCCCGAGAAGGUCGUUGGCGGCAUUUCCCACUCGUAUAUAGAUGAUACCCUGGCGUACUGGUCCGGCAUGACAGGUAUAGGGUUAGAUAGACUGGCUUUCACGAGCUAUCGUGAGGUGAUUAGUGACGUUGGAAAGGAUACAGCCACCGAGAGAGCCGCUCAGCUGGCCGGCAAAGCUGACGGUGGGUGGUAG